AUGCCUAACAGCCAAAACUUGAGCCCUGUAGAACGUGAGCAUCGUAUCAGAAUAUGGUGGUCAAUCUAUAUCCUCGAUCGCUAUUGGGGCUCAAAGUCGGGAUUCCCUAUUCAAAUCCAUGAUGAUGAUAUCCAUGUCGAUUUUCCAUCAGUUUUCACAUUUAAAGAUUACGGCGAACAAUUUUCAGAAGUUACAUAUCAAAUUGCGGCGAUAGAGCUGGCAAAGAUUACUGGGUGCAUGAUGAAAGAGAUUUACACCCAGAAGAAAUCGAGCGAAAACUUCCUGAAGCGUGAGCAACGAAUCUUGAUUUAUUUACAACAGUGGAUCAACUCUCUUCCAGAAUCCCUAAGGAUCUUUACCGAUAAAGCGAAUUCAAAACAUAUAGUACUUUUACACUUACAAUUCAACUAUUGCGUCGUGUUGGCGAUCAGGCCUGUGCUGCUCAAGUUUCUGAAUCAGCACCAAAAGCAUCAGUCUGUCAUGCAUCUAGAUGAAGAGUCCAAACGUAUAUUGAUGACAUUGAGCCAGGCAUGUAUUAACGCUGCACGAUAUUCGUUAAGACUAUGUUUAAAAGAAUGGACAAGUGGAUCACUCGUCAUAUUUGGGUACGCUUUCCCGGCAUUUCUAUUUUCAUCGGGACUAGUCUUGGCUAUAGCAAGUCUCUUGCCUAUGGGCCAUAACAAUGAUUUGGCAGCAUUUGAGACAUCCAUGGAGAUGCUUAAAGUUCUCAAUGAUUCCAAUAACAUAGCUGCGAAGGAUCUGUACGAACACAGUUUGCGAGUUCAGCGAUGCAUCAACAACAGAGAAUCUCUGAAAGAUAUACCUGAACCCAAUAAUAUUGAUGAACCCAGAGAUGUAGCUUCAUCGUUUCAAGAAACAACACACCGUGAGGCAUUGGGCCCGGAGAGGAGUGGGCUCCAACCCUGCCUGGACGAUGUUUCACAGAUGUUGUCUCCCACCUUUGACUUCCAGCACUGCGAAUUCACGACAGAAAUGGUUCUUCAGAGCUCUAUGAUGCAGGACUUCUUGAGCAGGCCCCCUGCAGACAUGGGAUUACUAGAUUUGCCAGAGAUACCAAAUGAGUUUGAUGCGGCAUUUUUAUGGCUUGAUUAUGAUGCAUCGGCUAAUUAA